CUCCCCGGGCCGGUCCUCUCCCGCGUGCUCCUCCCCGAUUCCCCUUUGCCCUGCCCGGCGGGCGCCGGCAACUGUGGCGGCGGCGGCGGCUGCUGCUGCUCCACCUCGCCACCAUUGCGGCCCCAUUGAAGCCCCCCCCCCCGAAGAUCGCCCCAUACCCUUCCCUUCCCCCGGCGGCGGCAGUGAUGCAGCAUCCGCAGCCCUAAGAGCCAGAAAAAGUUCGGGGGCGGAGGGGGAAAGGAACAGAAAAAGCCCAAGGCUGUAAAGUUUGGCGUUGCAGCGCCGGGGAGCGGGGCGAAGUUUGGCGGGGCCCCCUGCGCAGGAAGGUAAUCCCACCUGUGAGCUGCACCCAAAUUUGACCCAAAAUGGCCGGCGCUUCCGUCAAAGUGGCCGUCCGGGUCCGGCCAUUCAACGCCCGCGAAAUCAGCCGGGACGCCAAAUGUAUCAUUCAGAUGCAGGGGAAAACAACCUGUAUCGCCAACCCCAAACAGGCAAAAGAUGGCCUCAAGAAUUUCACCUUUGACUACUCCUACUGGUCUCACACCUCGGAGGAGGACCCCAACUUUGCUUCCCAGAGGCAGGUCUACAAGGACAUCGGGGAGGAGAUGCUCCUGCACUCUUUUGAGGGCUACAACGUCUGCAUCUUUGCCUACGGGCAGACGGGCGGCGGCAAGUCCUACACCAUGAUGGGCAAGCAGGAGAAGGACCAGCAAGGCAUCAUCCCUCAGCUCUGCGAAGACCUCUUUGCCCGAGUGAACGAGAACAAGUGCCCCAACCUCUCCUACUCCGUGGAGGUGAGCUACAUGGAAAUCUACUGCGAGCGCGUGCGCGACCUCCUCAACCCCAAGAGCCGCGGGAACCUCCGCGUGCGGGAGCACCCCAUCAUGGGCCCUUAUGUUGAAGACCUCUCCAAGCUGGCCGUCACCUCCUACGAAGACAUCGCCGACCUUAUGGACUGCGGCAACAAAGCAAGGACUGUCGCAGCCACCAACAUGAACGAAACCAGCAGCCGCUCCCAUGCCGUUUUCACCAUCGUGUUCACGCAGCGCCGCCACGACGAACUCACAGACCUCGACACAGAGAAGGUCAGCAAAAUCAGCCUGGUGGACCUGGCCGGGAGCGAGCGGGCGGAUUCGUCAGGAGCCAAGGGCACGAGGCUAAAGGAAGGCGCCAACAUCAACAAAUCUCUGACCACGCUGGGCAAAGUUAUCUCCGCGCUGGCAGAGAUGCAAAACAACAAGAAAAAGAAGUCUGAGUUCAUCCCCUAUCGUGACUCGGUGCUCACCUGGUUGCUGAAAGAGAACUUGGGGGGCAAUUCCUGCACAGCCAUGAUCGCUGCCCUCAGCCCAGCUGACAUCAACUAUGAGGAGACAUUGAGCACCCUCCGUUAUGCCGACCGCACCAAGCAGAUUCGCUGCAACGCCGUCAUCAACGAAGACCCCAACGCCCGCCUCAUCCGGGAGCUCAAAGAGGAGGUGGCCAGGCUCCGAGAUCUCCUCUCUGCCCAGGGGCUCUCGGCCACCACCUUUGCUGGUGCCAAACCUGAUGACCCGGGGGGUGGACUGGGCCUCCCCAUCUCGCCCUUUGCCCCCAGUGAGGACUCCUCCCUCCUCCUGGAGCCCCUGCCCCUCAACGGGGAGUCUGAGUCGUACCCCGACAUGGAGGAGGAGAUGAUUUGCACAGAAGAGGCCAUGGAGAGGCUCCAGGAGACGGAAAAGAUCAUCGCGGAGCUCAACGAGACCUGGGAGGAAAAGCUGCGGAAAACAGAGGCCAUCCGGAUGGAGCGAGAGGCUCUCCUGGCAGAGAUGGGCGUGGCUCUCCGGGAAGAUGGGGGCACUGUGGGGGUCUUUUCCCCCAAGAAGACUCCGCACCUGGUGAACCUGAACGAGGAUCCGCUGAUGUCUGAGUGCCUCCUCUACCACAUUAAGGACGGCAUCACCCGAGUUGGCCAGCAGAACGUGGACAUCAAACUGACAGGACAGUUCAUCAGAGAGCAGCAUUGCGUCUUCAGCAGCGUCACCAACGAGUCUGGAGAAGUGGUCGUCACCCUGGAGCCGCGCGAAGGUGCUGAGACCUACGUCAACGGAAAGCAGGUGCUGGAGCCGCUGGUGCUGAGAUCAGGGAACCGCAUUGUCAUGGGCAAGAACCACGUUUUCCGCUUCAACCACCCCGAGCAGGCGCGGCUGGAACGGGAGCGCAACACCCCCGCGGAGAGCCAGGCUGAGCCAGUCGACUGGAACUUUGCCCAGCGGGAGCUGCUGGAGAAGCAAGGAAUCGACAUCAAGCUGGAGAUGGAGAAGAGGCUUCAGGACCUGGAGACGCAAUAUCGUCGUGAGAAGGAGGAGGCGGACUUGCUUCUGGAGCAGCAAAGACUGUACGCAGACUCUGACAGCGGGGACGACUCGGACAAGCGCUCCUGCGAGGAGAGCUGGCGCCUGAUCUCAUCCCUGCGCGAGAAGCUCCCGGCCACCAAGGUGCAGACCAUCGUGCGCCGCUGCGGCCUGCCCAGCUCGGGCAAGAAGCGGGAGCCGCUCCGCGUCUACCAGAUCCCCCAGCGUCGGCGGGCGGCGAAGGACCCCCGCUGGCUGACCCUGGCCGACCUCAAGAUGCAGGCGGUCAAGGAGAUCUGCUACGAGGUGGCCCUCAACGACUUCCGCCACUCGCGCCAGGAGAUCGAGGCCCUGAGCAUCGUCAAGAUGAAGGAGCUGUGCCGCCUCUACGGAAAGCGCGACCCCAACGAGCGCGACAGCUGGCGCGCCGUGGCCCGCGACGUCUGGGACACGGUGGGCGUGGGCGAGGCUGACGGCACGGCGGGGGGCGGAGGAGGAGGAGGAGGGGGCUCUUCGGAGGUCCGCACGGGAGGCACCCCCGGCGCGGAUGUGGACGACCUCCGGGCCCACAUCGACAAGCUGACCGACAUUCUGCAGGAGGUGAAGAUCCAGAACAACAUGAAGGACGAGGAGAUCCGGGCGCUGAGGGACCGGGUGGUCAAGAUGGAGCGUGUCAUCCCCAUCUCAGCCCAGGAGGACGAAGACCUCGAGAACGAGUGGGGCUCGCUGCUCUUCUCCGAGGGGCUCGCUCCGUCGGAGGAGGACCCCAAGGAGGACCGGGCGGGUGGCCACGACUCCCCGACCCCCAGGGAGGCCGGGGAGGAGAGGAGAGGCCCAUCCCCACCUUCCCCGACCUGUGACCGCGUCUCCCGCCUGAUGGAGAAGGACCCGGCCUUCCGCCGCGGGCGCCUCCGCUGGCUGCGCCAGGAGCAGGCGAGGCUCCAGAGCCUGCAGCAACAGCAGCUGGCCAAAGCCCUGCGCCGCACCCAGCCCCACGCCGCCCCGGGCAAGUUCAUCCCCCCUCAGGACUGCAAACUGCGGUUCCCCUUCAAGAGCAACCCCCAGCACCGCUACUCCUGGGCGCCCGGCUCCGCCUUCAUGGUGGAGGGCGAGCCGGCGAAGGAGGAGAAGGGGGCCGAGUCCUGCCCCCCGCGGCCCCCCAGCCCCCGCCCCGCCCGGAAGAGCAGCCCCGCGCCCCAGCAGAACAGGCGCUCUGCCCCGCCGCGCCGCAACUCCCUGGAAGGCGGGCAGGCGCGCGGGAGGCGGGGCCCCGCGCAGGAGCACUACCAGGCCCGAAAGCACAACUACUAUCCCCGCCAGCACCAGCCCUACCCGCAGCACCGGCCCCCCAACGCCCCGGACGGCGGCCCCCCGCCCCGCAUGCGCCGGCAGAGGUCAGCCCCCAACCUGCAGCAAGAGCGCGAGAGCGCCGUGUGACCCGGGACGAUCUGGCGCUCCCUGGCCAGGCGGAAGCAGGAAUGGGGGCGCGCAGGGAGGGGCAGCGGUAGCCUCAGAUCCCGGACGGCUGCCCACCUGCCAUGGACGGACAGGAUUCUGCAGCACAGAGCUUCCUUCUUGUGGGGCGAGGGAAACUUGGGCGAUGGAGGGUGGGUGUUUUGAGCGCUGCUGCGGUUUCAGGAAACGCGGAGUCGGAUCAGCAGGGUCUUUUCUGGUGGGGAAAGCCAAAGAGGUCGUCGUAGGUGUUUUUUUUUUUUGUAAUAGGAACGGGUUUAGGAGGGGGAAAGGAUGGGUUGCUGUUUGGUUUUAAGACUGUGCGAUAGAGGAGGUUGUGGAGGGUUUGUGCAAGGAGGUCAGGAGAGUUUGGCGCAAGAGGCCUUCCGGCCGUGGAAGGUGGUGGGCUUCCUCUUGAGCAGAGGUUGGGCGUCCGCCUGUCAGGGAUUCUUGGGCUGUGAUUCCUGCAUCGCGGGGGGUUGGUCUAGAGGACCCUUGGGGUUCCCUUACACCUCUACAAGUCUAUAAGGAAAGAGUGGGGUGGGUUUGUCCAGAGAAGGCCAUGGUAAGAAUGUGGGCGUGUGGGGCUGAGGGGCUUCCCCCACACCCCAGCUGCCCCUCUCCCCAAAUUCAAAGCAUGGGUGUCCUGCCUGCCUAUUUUAGACAAUUCCAAAGUGGGGCAGAGGCGCAGUUCAGCCCCCCUUGGCUUGCUGGUGGAGGGGCGGUUGCUGCCUUGGGACGCCCCCACGCCCCACUUUGUGUGGCAGGGGGGCUGGAGCACCUUGGUGGCCUUUUAACUGGUGCUGCCCUGCCCUCCCCCUCCAAGGAACAGCCUGUUUGUUGAAGGGGAACUUAUGGGGCAGAGGAAACCUCUCUGGGGCUAUUGAGGGCUGCUGUCACACGCUUUGUCUUGGAGCAGCACACACUCUGCUUGUGGCCGGAAUACUGCCGGGGGGGCGAGUUGAAGUCCACUUUGAAGGCCAAGGUUGUGGCCACUGAGAAGGCCUCCCCCCCCACCAAAAAAAAAAGUUUUUCCUGCCCUCUGUGCAGGGGGCAGGAAGAUCUCUUCUUGAUUUUCCUCUGUUGUCCGAUGCCACUCACGUGCUGUCAAUCUAUCUUCUGGGUUGGGUUGGGGGCUGGGAUGAGGAAGCCCCUCUUCAGCUGCAAUUCCCACAUUGCCGGGGGUUGGACUAGAUGACCCUUGGGGUCUCUUCCAGCUCUGCAAUUCUAUAAAAUGGGGCUACUCCUACGACACCCAGUAGGGCAAGAUGUCUAAUUAUUGUUCAGUGGGGCUUUUUUCCCCCUGGGGAGAUGGACGGAAGAGAGGCAAGCCUCCUAUCUCUGCGGCUGCAAUAUCCUAUUUUUAACACACACACCCCCUCCAAAAAAACCACUGAAGCUGAUGGAUGGGGCUCAGCUCCGCCUGUUGGCUGCUACUGUCCCCAGACCCCCUUGCUUUCUCACUGCGGCCAAAGGCCUGCCCCCGACCAGCAAUCCUGUGGAACCCCAAGAGGGGGGAGCCUCAUGGCGCACUCUCUUCCCCCACCCCCACAAGCUUUGCACGAGCACAGCGCGGGUUGGGCUAGAUGACCUUUGGGGGUCCCUUCCAACUCUACAAUUCUAGGGUUCUAAGUGGGUCUGUCCAGCCCUUCCAAAACUGCUUUUUGUGGUGUGUCCCCCGAGGGCUUUCUUGUGGGUCCCCCCCUUUUGUGAGAGGGAUUUGUGGGAAGUAUGUAUGGGGCAGGGGGUGCCUGUCUGUGUGUGUCCACGUGCGUGCGUGUGGGGGGCUGAGUGGCUGCUGCCCCUGGAAACGUGGCUGAAGACCCUCUACUGUUAUCCUGUUCCAAUAAAGGUGGGGACAACCUGCCGCAUCUCUCAA